GUUCUCCAGACGCUGAAACAUGUCCAAGAUGAUUAAAAUCAACAGUCCAGAUGUGAAGUACACCGAGAAGUUUAUAGAAUCUCGGUAUUCUUAUCACACCACGUCUGUGUCCUGUGACGGUGGAUCAUACACAGUCACUCCCAGCACCACUGAGUUCACAUUCCGGACCGAGCAGAAUGUACCUAAGCUGGGUGUGAUGCUGGUGGGCUGGGGGGGCAACAAUGGAAGCACCGUCACUGCUGCUGUCCUCGCUAACAAGCUGGGCCUGACCUGGAGAACCAAGACCGGCCUCAAGAGGGCUAAUUACUACGGUUCCCUGCUUGAGGCUUCAACGGUAUCUCUGGGGACAGGGCCAGAGGGAGAGGUCUAUGUGCCCUUCAGAGACUUAUUACCCAUGGUGCAUCCGAACGACAUCGUUUUUGAUGGGUGGGAUAUCUCGUCCAUGGAUCUCGGCAGGGCGAUGGAACGCGCUCAGGUUCUGGACUGGAGUCUUCAGGAGCAGCUCCGCCCACAUAUGAGCAAGCUCAAACCCAGACCGUCCAUCUAUAUCCCGGAGUUCAUUGCUGCUAACCAGGAACAUCGGGCUGACAAUCUUAUCCCAGGCACCAAGGCUGAGCAGGUGGCACAGGUCCGCCAAGACAUCCGUGACUUUAAGGAGAAGAGUGGCGUGGACAAAGUCAUUGUUCUGUGGACAGCCAACACGGAGAGAUUCUGUGACGUCGUACCUGGCGUGAACGACACUGCUGAGAACCUUCUCAAUGCCAUUGAGACUGGGGCGGAGGUUUCUCCCUCCACGCUUUUCGCCGUGGCCAGCAUCUUGGAAGGCUGCGCCUACAUUAACGGUUCUCCCCAGAACACGUUUGUCCCCGGCGCGGUGGAGCUCGCUGUUCACCACAAAGUCUUCAUCGGAGGAGACGACUUCAAAUCGGGCCAGACCAAACUCAAAUCUGUCCUGGUGGAUUUCCUCGUCAGUGCUGGUAUUAAGCCAACCUCCAUUGUCAGUUACAAUCACCUGGGGAACAACGACGGGAUGAACCUGUCUGCACCUCAGCAGUUCCGCUCCAAGGAGAUCUCCAAGAGCAACGUGGUGGACGACAUGGUCCAGUCCAACCCCGUCCUUUACAGGCCGGGAGAGAAGCCCGACCACUGUGUGGUGAUUAAAUACGUUCCCUACGUGGGAGACAGUAAGCGAGCCAUGGAUGAGUACACCUCAGAGAUCAUGAUGGGCGGCACCAACACCAUAGCCCUGCACAACACCUGCGAAGACUCUCUGUUGGCUAGCCCAAUCAUCUUGGACCUGGUCAUUCUGACUGAGCUGUGUCAGCGAAUCACAUUCUGCACUGAGAGUGAUCCCGCCUUCCAGAGCUUUCACAAUGUGCUUUCCCUGCUCAGCUUCCUUUGCAAGGCUCCUCUUGUCCCCCAGGGGGCACCAGUGGUCAACGCUUUCUUCCGUCAGCGUGCAUGCAUUGAAAACGUCCUGAGGGCUUGCCUUGGUCUUCCACCACAGAACCACAUGCAGCUGGAGUACAGGAUGCAGAGAAGCUGCAUUGGUUGCCAAGACAACCAGGUGCUCAACACUGUACCACUGAAGACCAAACCACUCGCCAACGGUUACCAUGUCUCCAAUGGUUACCAUCCUUUAGAGUGCAAUGGCAUCAGUGAACACAAGUUGGAGAAAAAUACUCUAGCCUGA